CACGUAACUCUCUCGCUCAGCACCUGUAGCUGCUUGUGUUAACCCGUGGUGCUGCAUCGCUAACACUGCACAUACGACAGUGACGCUAAACGAUUAGGCUCUGAAUCUAUAUCAAACGCGUUCUAACAGCUACCUCAUGUGCACACGAGAGACGGUGAAUUAAACAGGAGAUACGAGAAGCGAGAUAAACACCGUGUUUUGGAGCAUCCGGGGGAGAAAACCAGGGAAUAGCAGAAAGGUGGGGGGGAGAGAAAUCCACGUAUCUCUAGACUGUCGACCUCGUGACCUGGUGAAUGACGAACAUGACCCCUACGUGACAAGGACCUCCGUUUCCCUACGUGUGUGUGUGUCUCUGCGAAGUGGUUGUCCGGGAAAGGAGAAACGGAGAGAGAAAUAGAGAAAGAGAGAGAAAGAGAGGCAGAGAGAACACACACACACACUUCCACACCAGAUCUGCGAUAAGAGCGGUGCGUUGGUGAUCACGUGACUUCCCUAGUGACCUCGCCUUACCGGAUGUAAUCUCCUGACCUUGUCACAUCCCUCGACAGCCCCCUCCCUCCCUCAACCCUCCCCCCCCUUCCCCCAAGAGCGGUACCUCCAGCAUGGUACCAUCAGUGGUAUCGACGCAAUGGUAGUGGAAGCACGUCGCUGGUAGAGACCGCAACCGCACUCUCACGAUGGGCGAAGACCUAGGCGCCCGCAGGCCCUCCAUCGCCACCAUCUUCAACCCCCGUCGUGGGCGUGGGUCGGCGCCCGCGAGACCUUCCGUGGUCGUCACAGAUGAGGACUCCCCCGGGCCGCCCCUCCAGCUCUCCAACGGCGCGGGCGUGAGGGUCGGCUCCGCGGGCGUGAGUGCUGGCAGCGCCCCGACGCCCGUGCGGAGCCCCUCCAUCAACCUAGCCUCGCCCGCGCCUCCAGCCGACCCGGAGACCGGUUCGGCGUCGGAGAGUCAGAGAGAGAAAACCACAAAAUGUACGAAGUUCCGGAAAGCUAUAUUCUCAAAGACGACCAGAAAGGUUGUGGUAGGAUGGCUCGUGACCUGUUGCGUGACGGCGUCCUGGGUUGGGGCGACGCACCUCCUGAAGGACAUGUUCCUACGUCAGACACCUGCGUCUACAAUGCCUACGGGCCCUUCUCUGCCCUCAGCGCCCCUUCCUACGUCGAAUACCUCCCAGCCUGUGAAAAUGGGCGUGCAGAAACAGGUGUUCGACGCGCCCUUCUUCACCACGUGGUUCUGCACGACGUGGACGGGCCUGUUCUUCCCCAUGUACCUCGCGUCCCACCUCUGCUUCAAGAGGGACAAGUCGUCCUUGAAGGUCACCCUCAAGGCCAUCGCGCAGAACUUCCGGGACCGUGGAGUGACCUUUGGCAAGUUCAUGACCCGGUGCUGCCUCUUCUGCCUCCUCUGGGUUGUAACAAAUUACAUGUACGUGUACUCCCUGAGGAUCCUAGACUGUACAGAUGUCAUGGCGUUGUACUCUGCCCACGUCUCCUUCGUGUACCUCCUUUCGUGGGUCAUCCUUCAUGAUCAGUUCGUGGGCGUGAGGAUUGUUGCAGUGAUCCUUUGCAACACGGGCAUCGCUCUCCUAGCCUACAUGGACGGCAUCACAAAGACAAAAACACUCGGUGGUGUUGUCCUUGCUGCUGCGGCUGCGGCUGGAUCGGCGGUGUAUAAGGUGCUCUUCAAGAAGGUGAUAGGCGAGGCGAGCUUCGGCCAGGUGAGCUUCAUCUUCACCAUCAUCGCUCUCCUGAACACCGUGCUCCUCAGCCCCUUCGUCGCCGCCUUCUACUUCAGCGGCUACGAGGUCAUCGAGUGGCGUUUCCUGCCGUGGCCCAACCUGGUCAUCGCCGCAGCUUUGUCGCUAGCCGCCAACCUCCUGGGCAACUUCGCGAUCGCCUUCACCUUCGAGAUCUUCAUAACCCUUGGCCUUGUUCUGGCUGUCCCUGUGUCUGCGGUCCUCGACACGAAGUGGUACGCCGUGCAGUUCCAAGGAAUGAAGCUCGCCGGUGUUGUGCUGAUUAUGUGCGGCUUCUUCCUGGUCCUCUUCCCUGCGAACUGGCCUGAGUACAUCACCAAGGUCCUCCGUUGGGGUCGGCACAGGAAACGUAACCAGCCUCGUCAGCAGCCAGAACCUGUCGACUACAGGACGGGGCUCAUCUCACGCUCUCAUCUUCGAUCUCCUUCAGGACUGAUUCGAUGAUCGACUGAGCUCGAGACGUCUUGGCUGUUGGCUUGUUUCAUGAUCUGAUGCAGUACUUGCAGAUCUUAUUAUUUCGAUUGUUUGUAUUGAUUUGUUUCCAUU